AACAUUCAAAUAAAUUACCUGCUCCGUUCAUGAUCAUUUGAAAUCCAUAGUUUCUGAACUUUGAUUGUGUUUGUGAAAUUCAAAGAAAAAAAAUGAAAUUUCAACUGAUUGUUCUAAGUGUUUCUCUAUUCGCUUGUGCUGUUAUGGCUCAGCAGCUACAAGAAUCGGAAAUGGAUCUAGCUGUGGCUGAAACAGCGGGCGCUGGUGCCGUUGCUGGUGGUGUAGCUGGAGCUGGAGCUAAAGGUGCCAAAGCUGGUGCUGCUGGAGUCAAAGCAGGUGCUAAAGGUGGUGUUGCUGCCGGUGCCAAAGGUGGUAAAAAAGGAGCAUUCGCUGCUGGUGCUGCCGGUGGAGCUGCAGGUGUGAAAAAAGGUGGUAAAGCUGGUGCCGCUGGUGCUGCUUUUGCCAAAGGUGCUAAAUUCGGUAAAGCUGGCAAAUUCGGUAAAGUUGGUGGUGCUGGUGCUAAAUUCGGUAAAGCUGGCAAAUUCGGUAAAGUUGGUGGUGCUGGUUUCAAUAAGAAAUUCGGAACGAUCAAAACUUUCGGCAUGGCUCAAGGUUUCAAAUUCGGUAAAGCUGGUGGUGCAUUUGCCGCUGGUAAAGCUGUUGGUGCCAAAGGCAAAAAAGGUGGUAAAUUUGCUGCUGGUGGUUUGGUGGCCGGAAAGAAAGGUGGCAAAAAAGGUGUUAAAAAGGCAGGAGCUGCUGGUUUCGUUAAAGGUGGUAAAAAAGGUGGUGCUGUCGGUAAAAUUGCUGGCAAAAAAGGUGCUGCAGCUGGUGCAAAAGCUGCAUUCAAAAAAGGUGGCAAAAAAGGUGGUGGAGGAAUUGGGAAAUAAUUUUUUUGCAUUAUUUAACUUAAUUUCAAUUUGGCCAUCAUCAUCAUUUAAUGUUCGAUAAUUAUUUGGCCAUAAUAAUAAUUUUAAAA